CCGCGGAGAGCAGGAUGGCGCUGGAUUUCCUAGCGGGAUGCGUUGGCGGUGCUGCUGGGGUGCUAGUAGGACAUCCAUUCGACACUGUUAAGGUGGGUUGAUUUUGAACAGGUUUAAUUUCCACACUCUAGGCAGAAAGGAGUGCAAAAGUAUUUACAAGGGGGAAAAAAUAUAAACACCGGCAUUUCAGAAGCUUAAGCCUGAUGGUCCAAAACUUGAAGCAAUCCUUUUCAAGUAUUCUUCUAGACUUGCUGAAGCCCCAGAUCUUUAAAAGCAAAUGAAAACCAUUUGAAUGUAAGAUUCAAACCAGUAACAGGACAGAGUUUAAACUUAAGAAUUUAGAUCCAGGCUUGCUUCCCUGCAGCUGUUUAUCACUGACCUCUAAAACUGUCUGUACCCUCUCUUGUAAUUUAAUCUUAUUUUGUUAUGGGCUGGAAUUUUUCCUUUAAAAAAAAAAAAAAAAAAAAAAAAGUUUUCCUAUUCACUCUGAAAGCAUUAUUUGUUACAUUGGCCAAUAGUUAUAUCAUUAGUGCAUGAAGCAGCAGUUUCACAAUUUGACACACUGUUUUGGGCUUCUUUCCUUGAAGAGGAAAAAGAAUCUGUUUACCUUCCUAGCCAGAAUUGAUUUUUCCUUUGAGAAACUAAUGACUAUCAGCUGUUUGUAUCGUAUGCAGAUAGACUGAGAUUUAGGAUUCAAGUAGCUAGAAAUAGAAGGCAUAUUAGCCAAUUCUGAAAAUACUAUGUCUCUUGGAAAGUCAAUGAGGCUUAGGCUCCUAAGUGUCUAAGUCACUUUUCAAAAUGGGAUAUAGGCACUUUGAGAGUUCUACUCCAUCUAGUCACCUGUAAAGGCAGAAUAUAGUCUCCCAAUAGAAGAUAUACCCAGUAAUAAAUUAAUAUACUGUACUUGAUAACUUUCCCCUCUACAGAGCAUGCCAUCUCACAUUAUGCUUAUUAAGUUCAGCACAAAGCUGGAUAUCUAAAUACAAUAAAUAAGGGAAAUAUCUGAAGACUAUUAAGAGUGUGCAUCGCCCUAUUACAUAUUUUAGCCACAUGGUUUAUUAUUGAAAAGACUCUCAUAUCUACUGGAUAUUAAGUUCCUAUCAGUCCAAUGAAAACUGUUCACACUUCAGGAUAUGUUAACCUUCGCUAUUAAACAGUUCGGCUGCAUUUCACUAAAUGCAUUCUCAUUGAUUGUAUUACUUAAAUUUGCAACUAUUUUUAGAGUUGGUGCAGAGGAAAAGUACUAGGGCCCCACACCUACAAAGAUUUAAUCAUGCUUAAAUGUAUGGCUUGUGUCUAGUUUGAUUGACUAAAGUGGAACUACUAAAAUACAUGCUUAACUUCAGGUUUGGGGAGAUGUUUAAGUCAAUGGAACUACUGAGAGGAUAUAAAAAGCAAGUGCUUAAGUCUGAAGGAUUGAUACUCUAGUGUUGAAUGUUCUAAUAGUUGUAAUUUUUUUAAAUUAAUCAUUAUUUAAUGUGCAGUGAGAGCUGGAUUGGCCGUAGACUAACUUUUAUGACAGUUCAAUGGAGUAUUGUCAAUUUCUGUAAUUGUUUUAAUAGUUGUUGCUUUAUUAAAUCCAGGGUAACUUAUUUUCAUACUGGUAGAAGGAAAUAGUACUUUCCUACUUUUUCCAUACUGGAGAAUACAAUACUAACCAGUAUUUGUAUAAUCAGCCAGUAUAAUCACUAUUAAAGUAUGGGGAAAACUAAGAAUUUGUAACCGGUCUUUAAAAAGAGAGAACUGUUUAUAAAAUGCUGUAUCUUAUGUGUUCUGUUAAGAUUAACUCUACAGGACUGAUGGCUAAUUGGAUUGGUGUUUUUUUGUUUUGUUUUUUUUUUAACUAUACUAAAGUGUUAAUACACUAAUUUAAAAAUGGGGAAGCUGCAUUAAUAGAGCCAGAAUUCUGCUUCCUCCUCAACCUUUAAACCUUUUUGCCAGCAAUCAUGCUUCAUAAGGGCAAAAACAUGAGGGAGAGGGAAGGUGGGAUGGGGGAGAGGAGGGGAGAUGGUGGAAACACAUAGGAUAAAGAAUUAAUUUCUAAAAUCAUGCUAAAACCAAUCAAACAGAUUUUGAGUCUAAUCUCAAAAGUGGCAAACUCCCUUUCCCUGGUUUGUUGAUGUAAUGUGUAAAAUUGCUUUGUUGCUUUUAACUGCCUUUACUUUCUGAGCUAGGGGCUGUCUUCAUUAACAGCAAAAGUGUUACUUUGUUGUAGAUGACAGAUAAGCCUCAUCACUGGAGAGUUACCUAAUAUUCUGCUGUUGCUGUAUGCAUGGGUCUUCCAUUGACACCGAUGGGAGCUUUAAGCAGAUAGGGAGAACAGUUACUGGAUUCAAGAAUCCAUCAUGCAAAUUGGAGAACUACGGUGCGCCUUCAAGUACAAAGUGUAGAGAAACCUCUCUACCGUGGGACCUACCAUUGCUUUCAAUCUAUCAUAAAGCAUGAAUCAGCAUUUGGACUUUAUAAAGGUAUUGGGUCACCAAUGAUGGGACUUACCUUCAUUAAUGCACUUGUGUUUGGCGUUCAGGGAAACACAAUCCGUGCUCUCGGAAAAGACACUCCUCUAAACCAGUUUCUUGCAGGUUCGGCAGCAGGAGCCAUUCAGUGUGUGAUCUGCUGCCCUAUGGAGUUAGCUAAGACAAGAAUGCAACUUCAGGGAACAGGUGAAUACAAUCUAAGGUCAAAGAAUUACAAGAAUUCUCUAGAUUGCUUGGUUAAAAUCUACCAAAAGGAAGGUUUGAGAGGCAUCAACAGGGGCAUGGUUUCCACAUUCCUAAGAGAGACACCGAGCUUUGGCUUUUACUUCCUGACAUACGACUCUUUGACCAGAUACCUAGGCUGUGAAGUGGAGGACAGUUACAUCAUCCCCAAAUUGCUGUUGGCUGGAGGCAUGUCAGGAAUUGUAUCCUGGCUGUCUACCUAUCCUGUGGAUGUGAUCAAGUCCCGGCUUCAGGCAGAUGGAGUCAGAGGAGUUGUUCAAUACAAUGGAAUUCUGGACUGUGUUAGAAAAAGUUACCGUGAGGAAGGUUGGAGGGUGUUUACAAGGGGUCUUACUUCUACACUUCUCCGAGCUUUCCCUGUCAAUGCAGCUACUUUUGCCACUGUCACGGUGUUUCUUAUGUAUAUGAGGUCGGAAGAGAAUCUACAUGAAUGUGAGGCAGGUCCAGCAAUCCAGCAGCCUUCAAGCUUGUGAAUUCAUUGUUCAGUGAUCUAACACAUCUGUUACAUGUUUAUUUUCUGGAGUUCAUUUUACAGGGCUUAUUUUUGUAAACAUUUUAUCUAUAGAAAUUGUGUAAAUAAAUUCUAUCUGUAUAAAGGCUGUUACUUAGGAUUUCAUCUCAUCACUUCUAUAAGCAGCUUAUUGCCUUUUAUAAUGAUCAAAAUGUGUUAAUCCAGGCAAUGUAGGGAUCUGACUUUAGAAACAUACUGUACAGACACUGCUGCUCUAUCACUACCUAUGGUCUGGAGAAUCUUGUAAUACCAGAAACCAGGUUUUCUUCCAAUCAUGUUUUGAAUGACCAAGUGGAUCAUAUUGUUUGAAUACAAAAAAUGCUCUUUUGUAUUUGACUGGGACACCUGUAGCCUUUAUUAGAAGUCAUGGUUUACUAUGCUGGAGAUGUUACAGAGAACUCUUAAAUGUUUAAGGCAUGGAGUAGCCUUCAGCUACCCACAUCUUUCUCCUUGGCUUUUGUAAAUUUUAGUUUAGUUAUUUAAGUAACUUCUCUCACUUCCUUCUAUACACAGAUGUAUUUCUUGUUUCAUUGUGCUUAAAAGGAGCAUUUGAACCCCACCUACAUUUGUUUCUUUAAAUUGCAGAGUUAAGGAAACUCAAGGCAAGUGAGGUUGAUGGCAUGAUUUGCUUUUACUUUCACUUUCAACUUUAUUCAUUUUUGUGUGUGCAUGGAAUGUGUUAACUAGGUUUAGUGCAAGCAGCUUUUGUUCUUCUGGAGAGGUUUAUGUAAUUACAUGCCACCGCUCACCAUUCUCCAAACAGGCAAUAUGGCAGUCAGUGAUGUGUAAUACGAAGUCCUUUCUUAGUUACUGCUCAAAUUGUUAAACUGUUGGGUCAUCACUUAUAUACUUUUUUUAUAUAGUGGUGAAAAUACACAGAGGCAUAGAGGUGGAGGUUCCAUAUGCCACUGUGGAGUAAUGGAUAGGGGUGUAAUGCCUAAGAAAGGGGAUUAGGGUUUGGUAUUACAUUAAGUUCUUAUACUACACUGUCCUGACUUUGUGUAUUUGGUUACAGUGCAUUGGGAUAAAGUCAUACUGAAAAGGGUUCUGGAGAACCUUUUGUAACAUUCACCAGCUGUUAUAUUUAUAGCAGUGUGCCCAAAAGGGAUUACUUUAAUGGCUUUAAACAAAAUUAUCCAAAAUUUUGGAUAAGAACCACAAUUGCUUGGCACAAACAGAUGAAGGGGAAGCAUGUUAAAUGUAUCAAGCUUGCUCAGUGAGAUAGUGGAUGUUGAACAUGUUACACUUCUGCUUGGGACAGGUGCAAUAUGUGUUUACACUUUUUAAAAAAAACUUUCAGUUCAUAGCAUUUUGUACUGUAACACAAUAUGCUGGAGAAACCUGUAAAACUGGUAUGUCUCUAUAUACCUUGGAGGUAUGUUGGAUGUUUUGGUGCCUACCUGCACUGAGAUUCAAACUGAAUGUGAAACGUGUCUGCUAAGAUGUAUAUGCACAACAAUUCAGAGCAAAGACAAUUACACCUUUGUACAGUAUUCUGUAUUUACUGUAAUAUAAACUUACGGAAUAAAAUUUUUAAAAAUUUUGA